GCCUAUCAGCCGUGUCACAUAUGAUCCCAUUAAUCCCGUAUCGGCUUCGGGACGCUCACAGCGCGGAGCGGGACCGAGGCGGCCUCGAAAGAGAGAUGUAUCCCUGCAGAAUUUGUUGCAAAGAGUUGCAGGACGACGACAAGGGAAUUUAUUGUGAACGUUGUUACGUGUGGUUUCACUUGGCCUGCUCAAAAGUGUCGGAACACGAAUAUCAGAUGCUCAAUCAGGACGUCUACGCGCAAUGGUUUUGCAAUGAGUGUCGUUUGGCAAACGUGUUCCGUUCGAUGGGCGUCGAGGAGCUCGAUCGUUAAUUAUUGUUGUUGUUAUUAUUAUUAUUAUUAUUAUCAUCAUUAAUCGACGUGUGAACGACGAUGGCCGAUGCACCGUGACGUAUGGGCUUAAUCGUUUAGCAUGACAUCGCCACUUUGGACGAUCGUCGAUUGUGAAUAGACGUUUCGGGAUUCCCCCGUCUCUUACGGAUCGCGGAGCAUCCACCACGCCAAUGUCAUUGUCGGCGAGAUCCUGAUACGACGACCGCCGUAGCUCCAGGAGAGUAGCGAUGGGUAGCAAAUACAGCCCGGGGAAGAUAACCCUGGGAAUGAUAAAAGGCAAACCGAUUACCACGUCAGUGCCGGUGAUCCACUAUCGAGCCAACGACGACGAACUGGAGGAGCUCUAUCCGAGUUCCUCCGACGACGAGAGACAUCUCACGCCAGAGUCCGACAAGAGGAUACCGUCGAGCCCCUCUAAGAGCAGCGAGAAUGGCCAAGGAUUGGAGAACGACGCGGAUAGACGUUCCAUCGACGACGCGUCCGAGGGUACUCCUCCGUCCUCGGAUCCGUGGAAGGUGCUGUCCGAGAUCAAGGGAAAGAUCACGAAGACAUUCGAGGAGAAGCUUUCCGAAAUUAAGAGCGAACGGAAGAAGAAGAAGAGGCGGCGGAACAAGGACAAUUCUAGCGUCAGCGACUCGGAGGAUCUGGGCGAUGUCACGCCAACCGACGAGAACGUCAACGACAAACAGGAGAGGGAACUCGUUCGCAACAAGGGUAACGCCGGGAGAUUCGUAGGCUUCUCGCAAGUAAGAACCGGCUUGAAAACGAAAAACUCCCAGGACGACAGCGUGGAGAGCGGCGUGGAAGCCGCCGAGUUUUCUGAGCUCGUUCCCGAGCCUUUCGAGUCACAGGACGAAAACAAGGGAAACGAUGCCACGCACCGUCACGGUUCUUUCAGCCAAUCGGACGGAUACGCGCAGACGAAAGAGAUGAAAUUCAGCGCGUUGCUCUCUCGCAUAAAGGAUCAGGUUUUUCAACAGUUGACGAGGCAGUUAGCCGCGCUACUGAUCCUCGUGCUUGCUUUCUUCUUUUUCAUUCCGUUGCCUGCCUACCUGGUUGGCUUUUCUAUAGGGGUCUUCGUGACGAUAACGGUAUACAAGUUGGCGCAGAAGAUCAAGGAAAUUUUGACGACGCCGUUAGAUAAGAAACCUGUGCAAGUAGUAGUUCCAGUGCUUGAGAUUCUAGCAGCGGAAGAGCUCGCGGUGCAGGAAAGAUAUGAAGGAUGGCUAAACGAGCUGCCGUAUACUUACGAUCCUCACAAUUAUCACGUGGCACGUACAAAGUCGGUUUUCUUUAGCCUAGAAGGUGGUGUGCUGCGCGUUAUGGAGACCAGAAUGAAAGUACCAAAGAGAGCAGUAUGGGACGAGCCAAAACGAAAAUAUAAGUUCACCAGGAAACGCGUGUACAAUCUUGUUGGUGCAAAAGUAGAAUUGUUACCUGAAGGACUCACUCGGAGAAGGAGGUGGAGCAAGAAAUAUCCAAUUUGUAUCACGAUGGAUCAAGGAGCAUUGGUAGAUAGCACGAGUCUGAGCGACUGGACGGACCUCGGAAAGGAGUCCUGGGAGGAUGAAAAGAGAAUUACUCAGACUGAAGGGGCCAGUCAAGAGAUCGAGGAAAGCACCUUGGGCGAGGAAACGAAAAGCGAGGAUGAAGAUUCCAGAUUGGAAUAUUUUAAGGAUAACGAAGAGGACGAGUUUAAGCUCGACGAAGAUGAGGACGAAGACGAUCUUUCGCAAUCCAAAUCCCUUAGAAGUAUUUAUGAGGACUGUCGCGACAAUGAGGAGGCUACCAAGUGCAAACUUUAUAUGUUUGCGCGCGCUGACCGAGAGAAGGAAGACUGGUUUCGUAGAUUGAUAUCGGCGGCGUCUCUUUCGAAAAAACGGCAUUCAAUUUGUUCAAUAAAUGAUUCUGUAUCCAGCGCAGUCUCUGUACAGCCGGAUGUGGUAGAGACGAAGUCGCCCGACGCGUCCCCCGAAGUCACUUAUAGUACCUAUAUGAGCCAGUACCUGAACGUGGAUCCUGAAGGUUCUCCAAGGGAGAUUGAUGUCCUUUGGAUAAACUGUCUCCUGGGACGGCUGUUGUUUGAUAUGCAUAGCUGUCCAGAGGCAAUCAAUCUUAUUCAGGACAGAAUACAACGUAAACUCUCUAACAUAAAGCUUCCGUACUUUAUGGAGAGUCUCCUCGUGACAGAAGUAGCGAUCGGACAGGACGCUCCGAUAAUUCACAAUAUCUCUAAACCGACUCUCGACGAGCGGGGGCUCUGGUUCGAUUUGAACAUUACCUAUAAAGGCAGUAUAACGAUGACUGUGGAGACAAAACUGAAUCUAAUGAAGUUGACGCGUGCGAACAGCGUUCCCAGUGAUAUCGUUGACGAGAAGUCUAUUCCUACCAGAUCACCGAUAUUCGACAGCGAUGUAGAAGAUAGUCCAGAGACGUCCACUGAAGACGAAGAUAUAGGAAACGUUGCGUCGAACGUCGUGUCUAAAGAGACUAUGCCAGUACAGUCUUCUGGCAAGAAGUUCCUUAGCAUGGUCGAUAAGUUGACAGCCAAUAAGUAUUUCCGACACGCUACGGAGUUGUCUUAUGUACGAAGGGCAAUGGAGGGCGUUUCUAACACGGAGAUUCGCUUCAUGGUUAGCGUAUCCGGCAUUGAGGGCUGUCUCUUGGUGAACAUUCCUCCGCCGCCCUCCGAUCGACUCUGGUAUGGUUUCAAAACGGUACCAAAAAUUGCCCUGACUGUGCAACCAACUCUCGGCGAGAGAACUGUCAACAUCGUAUAUGUAAGCAACUGGAUCGAAAAUAAGCUGCUUAGGGAAUUCGAGAAACUAGUCGUUCUACCAAAUAUGGAUGAUCUUGUCCUGCCACUCUGCCCAAAUUAUCCCUUUACAACAUAAACGAAUCUAGUAUUGACCAAAACAGUCUUCAGCUUUUAUAUCCUUUUCGUUUUGUAUAUUUGUGAAUAAUAUUAUGUUUAACACAUCGCGUCUUGAUCAAGAUAUAGUGUAUUUUUUUCGAUAUAAUAUAUUUAUCGAAAUCCAUAGGUAAAAAUCUGCGAAAAAGAGACUUGCAGAUGUAACUUUAGCUUUGUUUUUUUUACGAUUUUUUAAUAUUAUCAUUAAAGUACAUUAUUUAUCGUGAAAAAUCAUUUGUCAUGUAUAAGAAAGAAUUAUUGUGAUAUAUAUUAUAUACAUUACUUUACAUUUAUAUAAAAACAGGCAGGAGAGACGAAGUUUAUUAUGAGUGAGCAUAAUUUUUAUUAGAGUACGUAAAAAAGAGUGAAAGAAAUGUAGGAAGACAAUUAAUGUUAAGUGCAAACCUCGCUCUUUAUUUUUAGUUAUAUAAUUAGUUAUAUAAAAUAUUUUAAACCAAAUAAAAUUGAUGAUGUGUCAUAGAGGAAAGAAGGAUACGUAAGUUAGCUAUUUAAUGUAGGCAGCUGAUACAAAAUAUUUUGUUAAAUUAUUAUUAAAAUUACAAAAUAAUUACACUAAAAUUAAAUAAUCAGUGAAUUUGGGCAAAUCAAAUUAGGACAAAAUCAUCAAAGUGAAAAUACAUGUGUGAAAACGGGAUAAAAAGAGGUAGUUUUCGCGCCUUCAUAAUUAAAUUUAUUAUAGUCUAAUUAUUAAAUUUGUAAGUAAAUGUUUCAAUCGGCAAAAUAUGUGAGAAAAGAAGGAAUAAUAUAAGAAAUAUAAUAUGUUAAUUACAACGCAUGUGUUAAUAUGUUAUUUAUCGAGAAUGGUAGAACGACAUUCGCGCAGAUUUCAAACGUGAUCUAAAGUAUUAAUUUCGUGUACGUGACCAUUGAGUCGUUGACUUGCUAACGCAAAGUUGUGCUAUGCCAGUCACUAGCUUUACGAAUAUGUAAACUUUAUUUCUCUGUAGUUCAUUGCAAACCGAGGAACUUAUAGUCAAUGGCUUUUCAACGAACAUAGCCGAAAGAUUUACUCUCCUCUGUCUCUGAUUGAUCGGCUAAGUGAAUUACUCUACUCGUUCAACGACUCUAAGCAAGCAAAAAAAGCAAAAUGUUCAUUAAUAUAUAAACGAGUAUACAGUUUGUAUCUACUAGCCAGCCUGAUCUAUGAGCUGUGUUAUUUUGUUUGAUACUAUACAAAUAUAUGAAUAUAUAUGUGAGCGUUUGUGUAUUUGCGUGUCUCAGGGAGAUAUUAUAUAUAGAUUGAAUUCUGGAGCCAGAUAUGAUCUUGUUACAGUGGAGGCCACAAUAUUUUUUUAAAUGCAUGAAAAUCUUUUCAUGUAACAAAACAUAAGACAAAUUACACGACAAAGGCCAAUUCUUAUGUUUAAAUGUAAUAUAAAUUGCAACAAAGCAAAUAUUUUUGUAAAGGUUUUUCAAAUGAUAUUUUGUUUAAGAUUUGUACCAUUGUCGAUCUCGCAUGGUUCCAGAAUUAAAUCACAGAGGUAUAUUGAAACAGUUUUUGCAGAAAUAAAAAUAUUGUACAUUACCA